UCUGCCGACUACUCUUAUUGUCGUGCACUUCGGCGUAGACAAAGUUUAUUCGACAUGGCACGUACCAAGCAGACCGCCCGUAAGUCCACCGGUGGCAAGGCCCCCAGGAAGCAGUUGGCAACCAAGGCCGCUCGCAAGAGCGCCCCGGCUACCGGCGGCGUCAAGAAGCCUCACCGCUACAGGCCCGGCACCGUGGCCCUGAGAGAGAUCCGUCGCUACCAGAAGUCGACGGAGCUGCUCAUCCGCAAGCUGCCCUUCCAGCGCCUGGUGCGGGAGAUCGCCCAAGACUUCAAGACCGACCUGCGCUUCCAGAGCUCGGCGGUCAUGGCUCUGCAGGAGGCCAGCGAGGCCUACCUGGUCGGUCUCUUCGAGGACACCAACCUGUGCGCUAUCCACGCCAAGCGGGUUACGAUCAUGCCCAAGGACAUCCAACUCGCACGCCGCAUCCGAGGGGAACGUGCAAAGCACGGAGUGGAUGUUGGGGAGAACACCGCCCUGUGCAAUAGUGACGCCGGACAUCAGCUUGUUCAACUCCUCGUCGUUGCGGACGGCCAGUUGAAGGUGACGGGGGAUGAUCCUGGUCUUCUUGUUGUCGCGGGCAGCGUUACCAGCCAGCUCGAGGAUCUCGGCGGUCAGGUACUCCAGCACGGCCGCCAGGUACACCGGAGCGCCGGCACCAACGCGCUCGGCGUAGUGUCCCUUUCGCAAGAAGCGAUGGACGCGGCCAACCGGAAACUGGAGACCCAUUGUCGUGCACUUCGGCGUAUACAAAGUUUAUUCGACAUGGCACGUACCAAGCAGACCGCCCGUAAGUCCACCGGUGGCAAGGCCCCCAGGAAGCAGUUGGCAACCAAGGCCGCUCGCAAGAGCGCCCCGGCUACCGGCGGCGUCAAGAAGCCUCACCGCUAUAGGCCCGGCACCGUGGCCCUGAGAGAGAUCCGUCGCUACCAGAAGUCGACGGAGCUGCUCAUCCGCAAGCUGCCCUUCCAGCGCCUGGUGCGGGAGAUCGCCCAAGACUUCAAGACCGACCUGCGCUUCCAGAGCUCGGCGGUCAUGGCUCUGCAGGAGGCCAGCGAGGCUUACCUGGUCGGUCUCUUCGAGGACACCAACCUGUGCGCUAUCCACGCCAAGCGGGUUACGAUCAUGCCCAAGGACAUCCAACUCGCACGCCGCAUCCGAGGGGAACGUGCAUAAGCUGGAUCGGAACAAGAGUCAAGACAACCCCGGCCCUUUUCAGGGCCACACA